CAAUGGAGGAAAUCUAUGCCAAUGUUGAACAUGUGAAAUCUGUUGCCUCAAGACCUUCAACCAAUCAGACAGGUCCGAGGAGUUCAGAGAGGAGAUUUCAUGGAGCUGUUGUUCUCUGUCUGGGGCUGCUGAGUGUUUUCCUGCUGGCUGGACUCAUCGGCCUCGGUGUCCACUACAGUAAUGUGAUCCAUGGUUUAACUGAAGAGAGAAACCUGCUGAAUGCCAACCUCACUGAAACUACUAAGGAGCUACAGCGGCUUCAAAGUUUGUCUAAGCAGAAGAGAACUUGUCCUGCAGGAUGGAAGAUGUUCAGCUGUUCCUGUUAUCUCCUCUCCAGUAGGAGUGCUUCCUGGUCAACAGGCAGACAGGACUGCAGAGAGAGAGGAGCACAUCUGGUGGUUAUAGACAGUCCUAAAGAACAGUACAAAGGACUCAGAAACAGCGGUAAAAGUACAACGGUUUACUCAGACUCCAGCAGACAGGCAAACCGUUCAGAAACCGGCAAACAGGAAUCAGAAGAGGAGAGGCUAAACUCUUGGUCAGGGACAGAAGGCUGGGUCGAUUUACCAGGAGGCAGACGAGGCAGACGAGGCAGACGAAGCAGGGGAAGCAGGGGAAGCAGGGGAAGCAGGGGUCGGUAUUGGGAAGACAGGCAGGAGAAUGCUGAAAAGUCUUGCAUGGCAAAGGAGUGA